AUGAACCUUUUACUCCCACAACACCACCACCUUUCAUUCUCUCAAUCCUCCUUUUUCCACAACCCCAUCAAAACCCUCCAAGUCCUUCCCAAUCCUCCCGCGCGUGUGAGCACCGUAAUUCGUAUGGGCGGGGGUCCCCGCACGUACCCGGGUGGCGUGUCAAAGUGGGUGUGGAAGCGCAUGCAGGCGAAGAAGGCGAAGCAGCUGCUCAAGGCGCGGCUGAGCCGGGAGCGGCAGAUAUACGAGAUGCGGAAGCGGGCGGAGCUGAAGGCGGCGGUGUCCGAGCUGGAGCGGCCGUGGGAAGUGGUGCAGAGAGCGGCGGCGGCGCCCAAUUUGUUCUCUGUUGGGGCUGAUGAGCAGGUGAAGGUUCUUGCCGACAGGUUUCAGAGGCCUGGUGGGUUUGAUAUGUGGAGUGAGAGAGAUGGACCUGUGUUGUUUGAGACCCCUGAUGAGUUGCCAUCUGCUAGGUUUUUCCCCAAAGGGGUGGUGCAUAGUGUGAAGCCUUAUAGGAGAGUUGAUGGGUAUGGGCUGGUGAAGGGAGGGUAUGAUGUGGAUGGAGAGGGGGGGGUUGAUGGGAAAGGGAGUUUGGUAAAGGGGAGUGAUUUUGAUGAUAAGAUGAGUGAAAAGGGAAAUGAAGGAAAGGAGAUUGAGUUUGGUGGAAAGUUGAGUGAAAAGGGGAAUGGGAGGAAUAGAAGUGAAUUUGGUGUAGGUUUGAGUGAAAUGGGAAAUGGGGAUGUAAGAGUGGCUUUGUUGGAGGAUGUUGAUGCGUUUGAAUUGGAAGGUGAUGAUGGAGAUUUUUCAUCUUCUGAUGUGAAUUAUGGGGGAAAUGGAGUGAAGGGUGAGGAUGAUGUUGGAUUGAGAAGGAAUUGGAAUGGGAGGAGGUUUUUGUCUGAUGAUGUUGGUAGAGAUAGAGUGAAGUCUUCUCAACUGAGUUAUCGAGUGGAUGGUGAUGGUAGAUCAAGAAGGAAUGGGAAAGGAAGGAGGUCUUUGUCUGCAAAUGUUGAUCAGGCUAGCCGUGGAGAGCAAUCUUCUCCUUUGAAUUAUGGGAGGGAUGGAGCUGAUGGUGAUGGUAGAUCGAGAAGAAAUGCGAAUGGAAGGAGGCUUUUGUCUGAUGAUGUUGGUAGGUCUGGCAAUGGAGGGCGAUCUUCUCGAUUGAAUUAUCAAAGGAAUGGAUUGAAUGUCGAUGGAAGAAUGAGGAGGAAUCCAAAUGGAACUAAGAACGCUGCGAUGGGUGUUGAUGGGGCCGAUGGUGGAGAGCAUUCUCCUCGAUCUUCGAAUUUUGGGAGGAAUGGAGCAAAUUUUGAUGGCAGGUUGGGAAGUAGGGGAAGUGGAAGGAGGGUUUUCUCCAAGAAUGUUGAUGGGGCAAAUGAUUUGUAUUCAGGGGGAGCUGGUUCUGUCAGGAAACAGAGAGGGGCUAAUUCCAUUAGAGGCAAAAGUCGAGGAAAGUAUACUAACAGGACUUCAGAGUAUGUUUCACCAAGAGGUAAAGGUGCAAAUUCUGAAGUUUAUGACAUGGGUUUGCAACAAGAUGGGAGUUAUGGGUUCCUGCAGAAGCAUGAGCAACCUGACUCUACAAGUUGGUAG